GGCUGCUUGUUGUUCCCGCAGAGAGAGGCGAGAAGAUGGCGGCCGUGUCAAGCGGAGGUGCUGCCGGGACUCCCGCGGCCGGGAUAGCGCACGCUGCCCGACCGAGCCACGCAGGCAUGGACCCUCAGAACCGAGUCCAGCCAACCCCCGGGAUUAGCCACCCCGGUCGUCCAGGCGCGGCCACCGGCUGCAUCCCCAAUCCUGCUCAGACUUCGACCACCAGGCCCCCUCCUGCUCGAGUGGGCCACUACGAGAUCGAGCGGACCAUCGGCAAGGGAAAUUUUGCGGUCGUUAAACUGGCCACCCACAUCAUUACCAAAGCAAAGGUGGCGAUAAAAAUAGUGGACAAGACCCAGCUGGAUGAUGAAAACUUGAAAAAGAUCUUUAGGGAGGUUCAAAUCAUGAAGUUACUAAAGCAUCCGCACAUCAUUCGUCUGUACCAGGUCAUGGAGACAGAGAGAAUGAUUUAUUUAGUAACGGAAUAUGCCAGCGGUGGAGAAAUCUUUGACCACCUGGUGGCCCAUGGACGUAUGGCAGAAAAGGACGCCCGGAAGAAGUUCAAACAGAUUGUCGCAGCAGUCCAUUUCUGUCACUGCCGUAACAUUGUCCACAGAGACCUGAAAGCCGAGAACCUGCUUCUGGACCACAAUCUCAACAUUAAAAUAGCAGAUUUUGGUUUCAGUAACCUGUUUUCCCGAGGACAGCUGUUAAAAACCUGGUGUGGCAGUCCUCCUUAUGCGGCACCAGAACUUUUUGAAGGCAAAGAAUAUGAUGGACCCAAAGUAGAUAUAUGGAGCUUAGGUGUGGUCUUAUAUGUAUUGGUGUGUGGUGCCCUCCCCUUUGAUGGCAGCACUCUGCAGAAUUUGCGAGCACGAGUCCUAAGUGGAAAGUUCCGUAUCCCCUUCUUUAUGUCUACAGACUGUGAGUAUUUGAUCAGACAUAUGUUGGUUCUGGAGCCCAGCAGACGGCUAACAAUGGAACAGAUCUGUAAGAACAAGUGGAUGAGACAAGGAGACCCAGACCCCGAAUUUGAAAGGUUGAUAGCAGAGUGUGAGCUGGUUAAGACUGAAAGAGAGACAGAGCUCAUCAAUGAGCAAGUACUCAUAGCUAUGUCCGAGAUGGGCCUGGACAGAGAACGCACAAUUCAGUCCCUACAAACAGAUGCAUAUGAUCACUACAGUGCCAUCUACAGUUUGCUAUCUGACCGUCUCAAGAAACACAAGACGUUGCGCGUUGCUCCACCCACACCACGCCCCAUUACCUAUCCCAUUAACACUGUACAGAUGGAUCCACAGGGUAAUCCAGUUAACAUAACGGUUCCUCAUGUCCAGCUUAUCAACCCAGAGAACCAGAUUGUUGAGCCGGACGGCAAUAUGGCACUCGACAGUGAUGAAGGCGAAGAGCCAUCUCCUGAAGCCAUGGCUCGGUACCUCUCAAUGAGGCGGCACACUGUGGGUGUACCAGACCAAAGGACUGAGAUGCAAGAGGACCUCCAGAAACUGCCACCAGGUUUCCCCCGGGGAGCAGUGCCCCAGCCUCCUUUCCCUCCACUCACGCCUAUGAUGGGCCAAAUGCACACUCUCAUGCCAACGCAGAGCCUACAACCCACACAGCAGUUGGAAUACAAGGAGCAGUCAUUGCUGCAACCACCCACUCUGCAAUUACUCAACGGCAUGGGGCCUCUUGGUCGAAGAGCUUCCGAUGGUGGUGCCAAUAUCCAACUACAUGCCCAACUCCUAAAAAGGCCUCGGGGGCCAUCACCUCUUGUUACCAGUCCACACCCAAUUCCUGCUGUUGCUCCGGUUGAUGAGGAGGGAUCAGAUGGCGAGCCAGAUCAAGAAGCAGUUCAAAGGUACCUGGCGAACCGCUGCAAGCGGCACACGACGCACGCACUCAUGAGCACAUCGCAUGGCGAUCCCUCGGCAGAGCCCCAGCGGUCACAGGGCCCCCGCCAGAGGGUGGUCUGGGCCCCUGACACACACACCCGAUCAAGCUACAAAGACUGUAACACACUUCAUCUUCCUAUGGAACGCUUCUCACCCGUCAGAAGGUUCUCUGACGGCGCUGCCACCAUUCAAGCCUUCAAAAUGCAUCUCGAGAACAGUAGCCUCAUUAAACAACUCAAGCAGGAGUGUGAACAGCUUCAGAAAAUGUAUGCGGCCCAGCAGGAUGAGCGAUUCCUGGAGCACACCCAACAACAGCAUAUUCUCUACCAGCAAGAGCAACAAAUCCUCCACCAGCAAAUCCAGGGUCUAUCUUUAGGCCAUGGAGAGAGUCAUCCCAGUCACCUAACCCACCAGCUCCAGAGGUUGCGUAUCCAGCCAUCGAGUCCUCCGCCAACACAUCCGAGCAACCACCUCUUCAGACAGCCAAAUCAGACUUCUCCGCCUGGCUCUGCAGGCAUAAUGCCAGGGCAUGGUCCAUCCUCGGUACCGUAUCAACAUGGUUCUCCUUCACUGUACCAGGGUCAAAGUGCUAGCCCACCUCCCGCAGGCCUUCCAAGAGUGCCUGUACCAGCCAAUCAGCAGUCACCGUCUGUACACCCAUCUGUCCCACUGGCUCAGGGUGUACCUCAACAGCAGCAAGUGACUAUUCAGGUACAGGAAGUGGAAUUGGGAGUUGGGCCACAGAGACAGGGUAGCUUUUUAUCGACACCCUGUGGACACAGAGUUCUCGGAAAGCAGCUGAGCGCCGACAAUGCAGAAUCGCACAGUCGUAGCCUUGGACGUUUCACCUCGGCCUAUGACCAGGCUCAAUUCAAUCCCCACCUUUUUUCUGCUGACGCAGCCACUCGAGGUGCCCCCGGAGUGCUGGGCGCCUAUGGCCAAUAUCUGCAGGGGGCCUCUCUCAACGUACCUGGACUAGAUGGUUACGGGGCUAGCAAUUAUGGCACCCCAUCAUCACUACAGCAAGCGUUACUCUCCCCCACUCCAAUGGAUUACCGCCCCCCACAACAGCACGUUACACCGACUCUGCAGGGGCUCUUGUCCCCCCGUCACUCUUUAACAGGCCAUGCGGAUCCUCGGUUACCACCACAAGACUUGGCUGCACUGCUGAAGAGACAGAGUCCCCGCUCUUGUCCCGCACCCCCAACACCACCUAAUAGUACAACACCGGAAUACGGAGAAAUGCUACUUUUGCGCCAGCUGAGCCAGGGUGAGGGUUUGGAACCACAGCCGCCUCAAAGCUCCCCAGCAGGCAAACACUACCACCACCUUCUUCAGAUCCGACCUCCAGAAGUCCAACCGCAACCUGACCAAGCACCUUGUCCGAGCUUGCCCCACUCGGAAAGUAUGGAGGAAGAUGAGGUACCAGCUGGCUACCAUCACACGCAUGAAGGCCUGCUGGUCAAAGCAGGAGAAGGUCAUGAGCUCCUGGCUCCCCCUAGAGGCAGCACCCCUCCCUACAACUCUCCUACACACAGACGUGGCUAUAUCAGUCUGAGUCCUCCAGCAUCUAGAGACUCUGAACCUUUAGAGUGCAGACAGACAGGACAAGCUAUGGAGGUGCCUGAUCACAACGGCUUGGGUUAUUCACGAGGUCAGCAAGGAGAAGUUUACAGGUCUCGAGGACAACUUCAGCGUCACCACACCAUCCAGACCUGUGAUGACGCAUAUGACCAAGCUGAGCCCAUGUCUGGGAUGAGCCUGUUGGCUGGGAAGGCGUUAAGUUCUGCUCGCAUGUCAGACAUUCUCAGCCAGACGUCACUGUCAGAAAGCCAGCAGCUGCACCAUCGGGAAGAAUCAGCAGUAUGUGACGUUGAAGGGGAGCUCCACGCGGCGACCUGCUAUCCCUCUUCCUGCACCACAGAUAUGCUUCUCAGCUAUAAGCCCCCAGACCUGCAGUACAGCAUGGAGCAGGCCGGAGUCUAGCUAUGGAUGCAGUGUAUCCCAUGUACAGUGGUCUAUGUCAAGCAUCCUGACAUGUGUUGACUUGAGUUGAGCUGCAUCAUGCCAAACCGACAUCAUCCAUCUCUCCAUUGCUCACCAUCUGUUUGUAAAGAGGGAGGGAGGAGGGAGGGAGGUAGGGAGGGAGUUGUUAACAUAAGAUGACAGUUGGAGCAUUCAGAAGGUCAAAGUGCCACCAUCUCCUGCACAAACAUCAAUCAUUUGUUACCACCGGGUUCUUCUUGACUAAGAUUGUCCCGCUCGGCACCCUCGGUGCGCAUAUCGUUUUGUGCCUCUGUGGCCACCGAAGCCGGUUUGACUUCCAACGACACAAAAGGAAUAGACACACUGCUGCAACAGAUCCAAAGUAUUCACAUUGUGUGUCUGAUGAUUCGUGCGCACACUUGCUCAAUGAGAGGCGUGGAGAAGAAAGGACUUUUGAAGCUGCAACCGACCCCUCGUCCCAUCGCGCCUCCCUCCCCUACUCGCAGACUGCAGAGCUUUUCCAAUUUCUGCAUUGGUGUUUGGAGUCGGCCUCCAUUGCUCCCUCCCAAAGACUGAGCUCAGUUUCAUUUUCACGAGGACAAACUAAACCAGCUCAUUUUUUUUUUGGGUUGUUCUUGCUUUCAAUCACCCACCCACACUUUUUUUUAUAUACAUAUAUAUUUUAUUGUCAAAUAGUAAUGUCCAUGUUAGACAUAAUGGUCAAUAUUGUUACUGUUAUUAUCACGGUUUCCAGUAUAAUGUUUAUUAAGAUGACAUUAUUAUAGAAUAACAGAUUUUUCUUGCAAAGAUGACAAUAAUUAAGAGAAGAAAAUCUGAAUUCUGCACUUUGGAGUCACACGAUCUUCUCCUUCCUCCUCCCUUUCAUGAUGUCAUACUACUUUUAGGACAGCCCCAACUUCAUGUCAUCCUUAUUUUCCCCCACCUGCUGUUACCUUCUCUCUCAUGUCUGUGACAGUGUAUUGCAUUGUGGGUAGUUUUACCAGAUUUUUGCUCCUUUCCUUGUACAGCGAUGCCAUGUAUAGAACGCUUUUGCAAUUUCUGAAAUUUGUUUUUAGAUGUUGGGGAGGCUUUUAUUUUCUUUUAUCAUUUUCUUUUAUGUUAUCAAAAUGUUUACUUUUUUUGCUUUAUGAAUCUUGAAAUUUCCUGCCAAAAGAGGACAGAGAAGAGAGACAGGGCUCUUUCUAUGUCUCAAAACGAUUGUUCAUAUUUGUUUUAAUAUUAUAUUGAGACACUUGAAUAAGAGGAGAGUAAUAAUUUUUGUUGCUUUUUAAAGUAUUUCUUUUGUUGAUGCCAUUUGUAUUGCUGUUGCGCCGGUUUUUAUUUGAGAUAGUUGUGGCAGGCUAUACAGGGUCAAGUUCGAGGCUUUGUCCGGGUUGGUUUGGGUGCUACAGACUUGAUACUCGGGGAAAAAAUAACAAACUGAAACCUAAAAGGAGUAACUUGACAUAUCAUCCAAAACAUAGAUGUAUAAAGACUGACAACACCCUGCCCUCUCCCCCUUUUUUUUAUUUUUGAUUUUAUAAACCCUUAAAAUUUGCUGUGAUCCCUCAGCCAUCUUUUAUUAUCUCACGUCUCAUGGCUGGACAGAUGGGACAGUUAAAAUUUUGGUUUGGAAUUGUUGAUACACUUGGACUCUGCACGAUCAAAAGGAAACAACAAAAGGUUUUGACUUUAAAUAUGAAUUCUAAAUUUGGUGUGCAAAGCACGUGAAUGUAACGUUUCAUGAGCCCACCUUUAAUUUACAACAUUGCUGUUGGAAACUAAACCUGAGGGCCCACAGCAGAACAUUAAUUUCCCUGGUGCAGUAAAAAGGCCCAAUUGCACAAUACCAGACUGCCCUGGUUGCUCUUUUUAAAAACCAGCAGUCAUUGGUGUCUAGCUGCGCUCGUGCUUUCCAUUUGCAGUCUAACUUCCUGCGAAGAUUCUAUAAACAUUUCCAAAAAGUUUCAAUUCCUCCAACUCGCCUUAAUUCGUUCUCUGUCAGAAAUGUGCUGCUGCGGACCUCUGCACCAAGCCAACACUGAUCCGUAAAAGGACUGAUGGGUAUAAAAGACAUGCAAGUCGUUCAUGAAAUCCAAGUUAGAGCUGCAGGAAGAUUCAGUGCCAUUGAAUGGGAAGCGCUGCACAUGAGUCGGGCAAAGUGGGGGAGAGCUGCUUCACAUAUCCGACUGAUUUUCCCUUUCUGUUUUGCCUCCUUGAUGACGCCCUCUAGUGUACGUGUACUCUUCAUCAGCCUUUUCUUUCUUUGCAAGUCGGCUCUGCUCCACUCUAUAUUUUUCUUAGAUUUUUUUUUUCCUUUUUUUUUUUUUCCUUUUUUUUUUUUUCCUUUAUGUUGAGUACAAAAAUACUAAAGUGCAACCAUGUUUAAAAGAUUAUCAACCAAACUAAGAUGAAAUAUAUAUAUAAAUAAAGAAAUACUUUAAAAUGG